AUGCGGAUAACGGUGACUGUGGAUGUGGCGCCCGAGGAGGUGCCGAUGGCGACUGAGCUGCUGGCGGUGCUCAGGCAGCUCACCGACCAUGUCAGCGUGAACAUGGCCAACGGCGGCGUGACACCGGCAUCGCAGCAGGGGCCCGCACCCGCCGCGCCACCGCCGCUGCCCACAGCACCUGGCUCCGCCCGCGUGUCGCCCGAGCCGGGCCAGCAGCAAGCCGCCAGCCGCGGGCCCAGCCCCAUCAACUCAGCAGCAGCGCCGCCAGGGCCGCUGACGCCAGCGAGCUCCACACAAAGCGCCACCAGCACCGCGGCAGCGGCUGCGCCGCCGCCGCCAGCGCCCGCCAUCCAGUUCCCGCCAGGGACGCCGCCCCAGCAGCAGAUGCACGCGCUGAUUGCGCAGAGCGAGUACACAGAACACCCCGAGGCGCUGGCGCGGCAGCUUGAGGCGCUCCUGUCAGACCCCUCGCUGGGCGGCCCUGCGGCGAUGUUCCCGGAAUUCUGCACCAUCUGGACAUCCGUCGCCCUCAAUCCCAACCUGCCCGCCGAGGAGCGCUCUGCGGUGCCGUUUGUGAUGCUGCUGCAGAGCAUGGGGCCCGGCUUCAGGGAGAAGUUCCGGGACUACAUCAUGCGCCUGCUGCUCACGCACCUCACAAAGCCGCGCCCCGUCAACGCCAACCGCGGCGAGUAUUACGUGCACGCCGAGGCCUUUGCUGCGCUUGUGUCCAUAGAGAUUGUGCCCAUAGACGGCGCCAUCCAGACCAUGUGCACUCUGGCCCGCAACCCGGAGAAGCGCGGCGCGGCUGUGACAAUGCUGGGAAAGACUGUGGAGCUUGCGGGGCAUGUGAUAGCGGAGAAGGUGCCGGCGGCCACGCAGGAGGCGAUGCGGGCCACUGUGGCUAACAUCACGAAUGCGGAGUUCAGGUACGAUGUGGAGUACAUCAACAGUACAAUGGGCUGGACCCAGGGGGCAGCUGCCCCCGCAGCCGUGGCGGCAGCCGGCCCUGCAGCCGCACCCAGCGCCGCCCCAGCGGGACCGCGCUCCCUACGCCCAGUCCGCUCCAUCCCAGGCGCACACAAUGAGAUGAUCUUUGCCAUGGCUGUGGACUCAGCCCACCAGCAGUUUGUGACGGGCGGCAAGGACAUGUACCUGCAGGUGUGGACCCAGGACGGCAGCCCGGUGCAGAAGCUGGAGCUGGGGGACCAGUACAUCUCCUCCAUGGACUUCCACCCCCGCCUCAACAUGCUGCUCUGCAGCUGCCUCAACCAGGCCACCCAGUCGCUGCGCCUGGGGGGCUUCACCAGCGGGCAGCCCAACGGGUUUGCCGCCAAGGGCUUUGUGGCCAAGGAUGACAUGAUGGCGGUGGCCACAGUGCGGGCGCUGCCCGAGAGCACCGGCUUCCUGACGGGAGAGACGGUGUUUUUGGACAGGGCGCAGGCGCCUCUGAUCCGAUACUGGGAUGUGGCGGCCGCCGCCAGCUUCCAGAGCCUGCAGCCCACGCAGACAUUCAAGGGGCACGCCCAGAUAGCCACGGCGCUGCGGGGGGUGGCGGGGGAUGCCAACAUGUUUGUGUCUGGCGACAAGGGCGGCGCCAUGCUGCUGUGGGAUCUGCGGUCGCCCACCCACGUGGGAACCUUUGGCGCCCCUGACCCCGCCGGACACUCCAUGGCGCACAACCUGAUGGUGACAUCCAUAGAGAGCGCCGGCCCGCUCGUCAUCAGCGGCAGCACCGACAAGAGCGUGGCGCUGUGGGACAUCAGGACGUUGGGCCAGCCGCCGCUGGCCAAAGUGGGGGCUGACAACAUGACUGUGCUCAAGCUGGCGCUGAAUGCCGGGCGCAAGACGGUGGUGGUGUCGGCAGUGCACACGCUGCGCCUGCUGGACAUCACUAACCCCACGGCGCCAGUGCUGUCUGAACCCGUGGUGGCGUCCUGGCCCGACGGCCGCCCGCGCAACACAUACCACGACGUCAAGUGGAAUGAGGCGCUGGGAUCCCCCUCUGGUUUGGACAUUGAGCCGCCGUAG